AUGUCUAAUAGAGUCUCAUCACAGAAUGGCAUUCCAGCUUCAUCAACUAAUAGAGUCUCAUCACAGAACGACAUUCCAGUUUCAUCAGCUAAUAGUGUCUCGUCACAAAAUGUCAUUCCAUCUUCAUCAUCUAAUGGAGUCUCUUCACAACCAACUACACAUAAACAUCAAAUGAUAAAAUCUAUUAGGUUGAAGGUUCAGGAUGUCCAUAACUUGGAGAAUGGAUCGCGCCUUCUUGCAGGAUUUUUGGGGCAGCUUGCUACAAAUCCUCGAUAUUUUUCUAUUGGCUUCGAGAGUUGGGCAUCCAUGCCUAAAACUUUUGUGGACCGUGCUUUUAAUGAUUUCUCUCGGUUUUUCUUUACGAGUGAUCAACAAAAGGUAAAAAGUUGGAUUAACAAUUUGCUUAACAAAAAGUGGAAGGAAUUCAUGCUUAAACUAUGGCAUGAGGCUGAAGAUCCAUUAUUGAGUAAAGAAGAUAUCAUCAGGAAUGCUCCAGAAGGCAUUCCCAUGUAUCAAUGGGCAUUGUAUGUUAACUAUCAUUCAAAAGAGGAAACAAAGAAGAAACAGGGAAAAGAAGUUGAUCGCGACAAAGUGUGGACUGAGACUCAUAAGAGGAAAUAUGAGAGUUAUGUGAAUGAUGAAGCUAGGAAAAUUGGGGUAAGUAUCGAUCACUAUUUUCUGCUUUCUUCUUUUACUUUCCUAUUGAACUUCUUUGAAUGGUGUGAACAAGCCCAGUUCCACUUAGGCGUGAUAGAUCUUGACUUGGCUCUACUUAAUGAUAAGCCCGCUGCCAUUACUAAUUCGAGUAGUGCGGAUAAGAAGUCUUUCCAUAAAGCAUGGGAACGCUCUAACAGGCUAAGCCUUAUGUUUAUGUGA